ACUGAAACAAUUUUACUUCCUUGUUCCGGGUUGGUUUCGAUAAACGGUGAAACUGUCUUUUUCGAGCUUUUACUGAUUGACACUCAUUUGGAAUGUUCUUGGAGUAGCCGUUAAAUAGUUACCAUGGGGUGUUUACACAGUACUACUAAUGCCCCAGCAUCAGAUCACAGAUCAAAACAACCUGACACCUCCUUCAACAGUCCCGGAACAGGCUACAACAAUGGAGGCAGCAGACCAGACCAACCAUUCACAAACAUAGCCACUCCAUCAUUUGACCAAGGCCCUCAAAAUGCAAUCCAGCCGUCGCAAAUUCACAGUGCUAAGAAAGAAGUCAUCUCGUUUAUAGCACUCUACGACUACGAGGCUCGAUCAGAAGACGAUCUCUCGUUCAAGAAAGGAGAGAAGUUGGAGAUUCUUAACAAUACAGAUGGAGAUUGGUGGUUAGCGAGAUCACCGGUGACAAACAAGGAAGGAUACAUCCCAAGCAACUACAUUGCUCAUGUCAAGAGUAUUGACGCAGAAGACUGGUACUAUGGUAAGGUAGGGCGUAAGGAUGCAGAGAAGAAGCUGCUGGCUCCUGGGCUCCAGAAAGGAACCUUCAUCGUGAGAGAUGGAGAGGCAAACCCUGGUACAUUUUCUCUCUCGGUGCGAGACCACGACCCUGGUAAAGGAGAGCACAUCAAGCAUUACCGUAUCAGGAAGCUGGACAAUGAUUCUGGGUAUUACAUCACACAACGAAGCCAGUUCCAGACAUUGCUCGAGCUUGUACACCAUUACGAACAAUCCGCUGAUGGACUGUGCUGUUCGUUGUCUGUGCCUUGUCCUAAGGAGAACCCAAUCACCGCUGGUCUUGGGAAGGACAUGUGGGAGAUUCCCAGAGAAUCACUCAAACUAGACGCCAAGCUUGGCUCAGGACAGUUUGGGGAAGUGUGGAAAGGUCUUUGGAACGGUAAUACGGAGGUGGCCGUCAAGACCCUAAGACCGAAGACUAUGACCCCCGCUGCCUUCCUCGCCGAAGCUAACAUCAUGAAGACGUGUCGACAUGAAAACCUGGUACAGCUCUAUGCAGUCUGCUCAGAUAGGGAACCUAUCUACAUUGUGACAGAGCUGAUGAAACAUGGUAGCCUUCUGGAUUACCUUAAAGACGGAGAUGGUCGACAUCUCAAACUACCACAGCUUGUAGAUAUGGGAGCACAGGUUGCCAGUGGCAUGGGGUAUCUAGAGAGGAAGAACUACGUUCAUAGGGAUCUCGCUGCAAGGAACGUCUUGGUGAACACCGGUAACAUCUGCAAGGUGGCUGACUUUGGUCUGGCCAGAAUGAUCCAGGAUGAUGAAUACUGCGCCAGACAAGGUGCCAAGUUCCCAAUCAAGUGGACAUCACCAGAAGCUGCCCUCUACGGUCGAUUCACGAUUAAAUCUGACGUCUGGUCUUUCGGUAUUCUGCUAACCGAGCUUAUCACCUAUGGUCGUAUUCCUUAUCCAGGUAUGAUGAACAUGGAAGUUUUAGAGCAGGUAGAAAGAGGCUACAGGAUGCCGCGCCCCCACAACUGCCCAGAUUCCCUCUACGACAUGUGCAUGAUGAAAUGCUGGCAUAAAGACUCCCAGCAAAGGCCAACCUUUGAAUUCCUCCACUCCUUCCUGGACGACUACUUCGUGUCGACGGAACCGAACUACCGAGAAGCGGACUGAGCGCCGGAUAGGUCUUAGUCUAGAUAAUCCAUGUCCCCACUGCUGCAGAUAUUGGUGUGUGUUGUAUUAUGGGAGUGGUGCGCGACCCCCCACUUGCCAUUUGCCAACCACCGUGCAUGAGCCAAGUGUAGCAUCUGAAGGGCGCGUUCCUAAUGCCGGCCCAACUCCAGAACUGAUAGUGAAUCGUUUCGCACGCUCUUCUUUGCAGCAGUUGGAACUCGUUAAAUUUAUUAUUUAGAAAUCAUUGAUGAAUAUUUAUCUCUUUUUUUUCUUGAUUAUAUUUUUUUGUAAAAAGUCCAUCGCGGUGUAUCCACUCUAUGCUUAAUAAUGUUAUUCUGUGGUACAUGCCUAUUAAAAAAA